GCGUCCCUCCUUACCGAUUCAUAUCUCUCCUCUUCUGAAGUUCACCUCGCCAUGUCUGCCUUGCCAAUGUCGUCCCUGCGGCGGGCACUCGCUCAAGCGGCGCCUCGUGCCUCCUUACGCCUCAACACCCCUCCUUGCCGUAUGGUUCUGCCCGCCUCUCGAGUGCAGGUUCGAGGUCUGCGCUCCCUCUCCGAGCUGGACGCCCCGAUCCAAUCACAAAAGCAAGCAACGGCCGCGGCAAGGAAGGAGGCAGAGCAAACUGAAGGAGACUCUGCCUCGAGCAGCUCUACCCACGCAUCCUCUACUCGGCCGCCGGCUGCCUCGGCUUCUACCACGACGACUGCCGCUCUGUAUGGCAAGGAGGCCGUCCCCGCUUCCUCAAGCAGCAGUGGCGGCAAGAAGUCGACCAAGCCUGCGCGCCAGUCCCUGAUCAUCACUCUCUCCUGCCCUGACUCUCAGGGCAUCGUGCACCUCGUCACCGGCUGGCUCGCCUCGCGGUCGUACGAUAUCCGUGAUUCGGCACAGUAUGGUGACCCGCAGACGAAUACCUUCUUCAUGCGGGUGCACGCCUUGGGCCCCGAGGGCAGGGAGGUGGAUGUAGCCGGAUUGAGAGAGGAGUUCGGGAGAGAUGUGGCGGGGAGGAUGGGAGGGGAGAGGAUGAAGUGGGAGAUGGAGGAGGAGGACAAGAAGGUCAAGGUCAUGCUAAUGGUCAGCAAGAUUGGACACUGCAUUCACGACCUCCUCUACCGGCACUCAGUCGGUGUCCUGCCCAUCGACAUCCCCUGCAUCGUCUCCAACCACCCCACCUUUGCCUCUCUAGCCGCUCAGCACAAUAUUCCCUUCCACCACCUCCCCAUCGACGCUUCUCACACAAAAGAGUGGCAAGAAGAGCAGAUCCUACAACUUAUUUCUCAGCACGAGAUUGAUCUGGUGGUGCUCGCGAGAUACAUGCAGAUCCUCUCGCCCAAGCUGUGCGAAGUCAUGUCCUCGCGCAUUAUCAACAUCCACCACUCUUUCCUCCCCUCCUUCAAAGGAGCAAAGCCCUACCACCAAGCUCACUCGCGCGGAGUCAAGCUCAUCGGAGCUACUGCCCAUCUGGUCACCAGUGCGCUAGACGAAGGACCGAUCAUUGAGCAGGAUGUGGAACGGGUAGACCAUUCGAGCACUCCGGAGGAAUUGGUGAGAAAGGGAGCAGAGAUUGAACAGAGGGUACUGGCUAGGGCGGUGAGGUGGAAGGCAGAAAGGAGGAUCCUGGAGAAUGGCGCAAAGACGGUGGUCUUCGGCUCGUGAGAGAUGGAUGGCAAUGCCAAGGGAUGUCACGGUAGAUCGACCCGGGGUAUCUUAAUUGCAUAUACGGAAAUCACAGCGGCCCGUCUCUCGUGAUGUGAGCUCACUUGCACUUCAAGCUCAAGAUGACGUACCCCUUCCUCUCUUCUGCCUUUGUGCCUAUCUCAUCCUCC